GUGUGUGUUAGUUGAUAAUAAAUAUUCACAUUCUUUUCAAUUUUUGUUUGAUUUCUGCCUUUUGCCUUCUACCUACUGUCGUUCGCUUUUUGCUCAGCUUUAUACUUCACUACAGUAUUAUCGUUGUAUUAUCGUUCGCUCAAUACAUCGUUAAAAUUCAGUUUUUGUAAUUUGCUCAUUUCAAUCAUUUUCAAGCUGUGAGUUGAGCGGGAAGUUUGUAGCGCAGCGUGUCGUGACGUUUGUUCGGUCGCACAGAGCAUUGUUUAUACAUAAACAUUCCCAGUGUAAGCCUGAAAAUACCAGUGCUUUAAAACUUUCCAAAAGGAAAAAAGACAUCAACAUAAGAAGGAAAAACAUUAUUCAAAAAGUCAUCAAGUUUACAUCAAAUUUCAAAAAAUCGUGAAAUAACAAAUGUGAUAUUUAUGGAUAAUUAUUUAAUUAAAACGUUCAUUUACGUGAUUGAUUGUGCAUCAGUAAAAAUAUGUGAAACAAUCAGAAAGAACUCAUAACAUACAUAAUUAUUUACAAGUCCAUGAUACCGAUCACCAACUUACGAAAAAAAAAAAAUAAAAAACAACAUAAAAUUUUGUGUAUUUGUGUUUAUGAAAAUAAGUCGCUCGAAGCAUUUGCGAAUAAACUCAUUUUAAAACGUAUUCUCAGUCAUAUGUAAAUACUGAUAAGCACAUACAUAUGUACUUGUGUUAAUCGCGAACUUUACAAAUACUCUCAAAACAUCUACAUCCAUAAAUUUAAUGUACAACAAAUGCAUCGCAUCUCAUAGGCGGCAAGCAUCAUGAAAUAAUUUACAACAAAACCAAAAAUUCAGCGUUUACUAUACAAACAUACUCAUCGAAAAUUCAAUUCGUAUCGAACGGCAACAUUUGCGCCAUUCAACAUAAACAUCAGCAACGUCAUCAGCGUCCAAAAUCAACGACAACUACAGCAGCAUUAGCAUCACAAGUGUGAAUUGAGUAAAUGAGUUGACGCAUACAUACUCACUCCCACAUACAUCCAUUUAUACACCUAUGUAUUUCAGAGAGGCUAUACAUAUCGAAUGCAAAUGAAAUCAUUGGAAGUGCAAAAUCACAAGAGCAACACAACAUACUAGCAUUUCACCAAUAAUAAUUAGUUUGCAACUGUGAGCAACACAACGCAAUUGCAUUUGAAUCACACAAAGUUCAAGAAUAAUUACGUCAUUGCAUUUGUCAUCGUUCCCUAAUUGGGAUCGGCGAAUCUCAUUGUCAAUUGUCAGUCAGUUAGUAAGUCACUCGGUCAGGCAACGAGUCAAUCAACCAAGCUCUCAGAGUCAGUGCAGCCACGUUUGUACAUACAUACGUACAUAGAUAAAAAGAGAAACGAGAAAGACGUUGGAGUGCAGCUGAAGCAAAAACUGAUUUCGGUAUUGAAUCAAGAGGAGGGAGCAGUGAUUAAACGUAAACGACAUACGCUGUACUAAGAAGUGUCAUUUAGAACGAAAUAAAAGUUUAAGAGAUAGAGAAUAGAAACCAACAACAAACAUUUAUUUACGCAUGCUUAAAUGGCAAGCGUAAGUGUUAGUACAACAACCAACAACAACAACUACGAUUUUAAUUACACAACGUAGUAAAAGUGGCAACCACACACAUACAAACCUCCAAGCGAAGGUACAAACCAUCCACUGAGAGUCACGCAAAAAUCGACAAUAACGCACAAAAUCUCUGGCUGAGAUAAAAACCGAAAACCAUAUUUCAACUAGAGUUGUUGGGAAACGUGUAAAUUGCAUAAAGAGUGAUAGAAAAGAGAAUUCUGAAAUCGAUAUUCAGUAAAGAUCGUCGGAUCACAACAAGUAAAGUGCGAAAGCCACAAAUGAAAUCAAAAGAGAAAUAUAAACAUACAUAAUUCCGGCCAUUAGCAGCAACAGUAACCACGCCCAUUUUUAAUUAACAUAUAGAUAUACAUACAUAUAUUUUUAUUGAAAGACUGAACUCGCUGAGCAACAACUCAUAUUAAAGAGUCGCAUAGGCGCAUCCCCCUUCCCAUCGCAUAGACGCCGCCAUCCGCACAUACAAAAUAACGGCGCUCUUCCAUGAACAUGAGCCAAUCGAAUUUGCCAGCAACACUACAGCAACAGCAAUUGCAAUUGCAGGUGAAUUGCGCCAAUUCGGCUGAGAACUUAAUGAGUAACGCUUUCGAUUUGAUUGGCGGCGCCAAUGCAGCGCAACAAUUCUUGAAUCAUAUGGACUUGUAUGCGCAACAACAGCGUCAGCAACAGCAACACCAGCAGCAGCAGCUCAGGCAGGAGCAAGAGCAAUUGAAUUAUUUACAACAGCAGCAACAGCAGUUGCACUCACAACUCAGUAUGUCCAAGUCGCCGUCCUCAUCGCCAACCAAUUUCGGUAGUGGCGGUGGUAGCAGCAAUAGUAGUAGCCACAGCAAUAUUACAAUCACCAAUAAUAAUUUACAUACAAGUUAUAAUCAUCAUCAGCAACAACAACAACAACAACAACAAUUAGCCGCCGUAGCAGCAGCAGCAGCAGCAGCGUCGGCGGUGCAACAGCAUUUAGGCAAUAAGCAUUCCUCCAUAUCGUUGACAUCAUCGCCAAUCACAUCACCAACUAAAUCGUUACUCACACAAGUGGCUGCGGCGGCCAGCAGUGUCGGUGUCGGUGUCGGUGCGGUUAACGCCACCAGCACAGCAACCACGUCGCCGCCGUCAUCGUCGCCGCCCUCAAUUUUAAAUAAUUUCAAUUCACAACAUCACCAUCAUUUUAAUCUGCAUCAUAAUAAUCACCAGAUGGAUUUGCAACAACAACAGCAACAACACCAGCAGCAGCAGCAGCAGCAACUGCAGCGUGAGUCCAACAAUAAUGGUAACCAAAAUAACAACAAUAACAAUAACUCCAAUGGCGAUCGCUUAUCGAACGCCGGCACUUCCAUGGGCACUCUAACGCCCAGCGGCGGAUUGAGCCCCAACGGCGGCAGUUCACAACAUCUACAACUACAGCAGCAACAACAACAACAACAGCAGCAGCAGCAGCAUCUUCAACAGCACAACCAUGCGCAUACGCAUGCACUCGCGGCGCAUCAGCAUCAACAUCAACAUCAGCAUCAGCAUGGCAGCAGCACAUCACCUUUCAAGCCGCCAAACUCGACAGCGUCCUGUUGGUGUUAUGGUGAGUCAGUUUGUUCGGGAAUUGAGGUUGAAAUUGAAAAUAAUAACAAUUUCUCUCAUGGCGAUUCAUCAUACCACAUGAAGAUCCUAGUGCCCGCCGUGGCCUCUGGUGCCAUUAUUGGCAAAGGUGGCGAGACAAUUGCCUCUUUGCAAAAGGACUCCGGUGCUAGAGUUAAGAUGUCCAAGUCGCAUGACUUCUAUCCAGGUACCACCGAGCGCGUUUGUCUCAUCACCGGCUCUGUGGAUGGCAUUAUGUCGGUUAUGGACUUUAUUAUGGAUAAGAUACGCGAGAAGCCUGAUCUAACCACGAAAAUCAUAGAUACUGAUUCGAAACAAAAUCAGGAUCGUGAUAAGCAGGUGAAAAUUUUGGUGCCUAAUUCCACGGCUGGUAUGAUUAUCGGCAAGGGUGGUGCUUUCAUUAAGCAGAUUAAGGAGGAGAGCGGCUCAUAUGUGCAAAUUUCACAGAAACCAAAGGAUAUAUCAUUGCAGGAACGUUGCAUCACCAUCAUCGGCGAUAAGGAGAAUAAUAAGAACGCUUGUAAGAUGAUACUCUCGAAAAUUGUUGAGGAUCCACAAUCCGGUACAUGCCUUAAUGUCUCAUAUGCCGACAUUAGCGGUCCAGUGGCCAACUUCAAUCCGACUGGCUCCCCAUACGCCACCAAUCAGAAUGCCAUUAAUACGAGUACUGCUUCAUUGAACUCUACAUUGGGUCAGAAUAUUGGCGGCGCAGCUACUGCCGCGGGUCUACUAAUAAACGGCACCGGCAUUAACUUAUCAUUGAACCUGAGCUCACCAAAUCCAGCACCCAACUUGGCAGUGGCCACACAAUUGCUGGAACAUAUUAAGGUCGCGCUACGCGGCUCCGGCUAUUCAGAGACCGCCACCAAUGAAGUUUGCGCCGCACUCGGUGUACUUGCCAAAUAUGGCGUGCUCGGUAUGGGUGUUGGUGUACCACAUGCCAAUGGCACCACCACGCUCGGCAGUUUUCUGGGUGUUACAGCGUUGGAUCAGCAAACAGCUGCCGCCGCCUCAGCAGCCACUGCCAAUAAUGUUUUCGGUGCUGUGGGUCAAGUCAAUUUGGAUCAGUAUACAGCGGCAGCGGCUGCUGCUGCUGCAGCAGCUGCAAGCCGUCCCACACAGUCACACCUGGAAGCGGCUGCCGCAGCACAAUUCGAUCCCUUCCGUCAUUUGGGCACGACAGCCGCAACAGCGGCACAGGCUAACACACCGGUAUCGUUAAAUAAUAAUAGCUUUGGAUUGACAGCGGCCACCGGUACUACGUGUACAACGGCGCAAAGUUUAAGUGCUGCAACACAUCAGCUCAGCGGUUUGAGCAAGAGUCCCACACCGGGCGAUUUGGGUGCUAAGGAUACCAAAAAUGUUGAAAUUCCAGAAGUGAUUGUUGGCGCUAUCUUAGGUCCAAAUGGUCGUAGUUUAGUUGAAAUUCAACAUGUAUCUGGCGCAAAUGUGCAAAUUUCAAAAAAGGGCAUAUUCGCACCGGGCACUAGAAAUCGAAUUGUAACAAUUACUGGUCAACCGAGUGCCAUUGCCAAAGCGCAAUAUUUAAUUGAACAGAAAAUCACCGACGAGGAGACGAAGAGAGCGCGACAAAUUCCAUUAACCACUGUUGUGAAUUAAAAAAAAAACAAAAACAAGCGAAAUACCAUAAAAAAAAAUAAAAAAAAUAAUAAAAUAUAUAUAUAUAUAUAUAUAAAAUAAUUAAAUAAUAGACGAAAAAAGAGAACAGAUAAAAAAUUAUAUAACUGAAAGUUUAUUAAGCAUCAUAGUAAAUCAUAAUAAUAAUUACCUAAAUACAUACAGUACACAUCAACAAAUAAAACGAAAAGUAAUAAACAAAAAAAAUAUGUAAAUAGAAUUUUGAAACUGAAGAAAAAAGGAAAAAAGCGUAAAAAGAGUUACAUUUGAAAAGGAAAAAAGUUUAUUUUAAACACAACCACAUAACACAUAAAGUAGGUACGGACAUAAAUAUGAAAAAAAAUAACCGUCGAAAAUAUAGUAAGUGAUUCGUUGAAGAAAGCAACAAAAUGACGAAGAAUUUUUUUAAACGAAAUAUAGAGAAAUUAAUCGAAUUGCAUUGUAAAAGCAAAAAAAAAAUUCUUUAUAAAAACCCGCAGCGAAUAUUGUAUUGUAUUAUAAUAAUGGGAAAUUUUAAAUGAUGAAAGAAAAUAAGAAAAUCAAAGAGAGUAAAAAAAGUUACAACUGUAUAAAGAAAACAAUUACACAUACAAAACUGAGUGUUCGCAGCAAAUGUAAUAACAAAAGAACAAUAACAUCACGAAACAAACCAAAAAAAAAAAAAAAAAAAAAAAUACAAAAACUAUAACAACAACAACUGAAGUACUUAAUUACUUGCCUAGAUACCUACAAUAUACAAAGUAAAUAUUUAUAAUUAUCAUAGGAUGAGUUGAUGAUUACAAUAUUAUUUUUAUUAGCAAAAUUUAAACUAAUUGAAAACAAAAACCAAACACUGUUAAAUAAUCUCUUACUGAAAUAUAUAAAUGAAAACUCGUUAAAUGUAGUUGGAAAAGUGUGAAAUAGUAUUUACUUGAAGAGAAAAAAAAAAUAAGCAAACAAAUGAAUAAUAAAGCUGAAAGCAAUUAUUAAUUAGAAAAUGCAAACUGUAUAGGAGAACUGUAAACUCAACACUAAAACACCUGAAGAGACAUACAUAUAUAUACAAGCAUACAAAUACGUUUUUCACUUAGCUAAAUUGUAAAGAAAAUUAAAAAAAAAAAAUUAUAUAAUAGUAUAAACAUUUGAAAAACAAAUCUUUAAUGACUAAAACUCUUAGCUAAAUAAAAAAAAAAUUGAAAUUUAAAUUUAGUAAAAGUUUCAACUACUGUAGUUAAAGCGUAUUAAAUUUUCCCCAUAAUAAAUUGCGUUAGAUACUUUUUAUUGUAGUAAAAUCAAACAAAACAAAUUUGGCAUUAAAAGCGUAAAAUUUUAAAAGAUUAAAAAUUGAGUGUUGAAACGUAAAUUAAUUAUGCUAGAACUGUAUUAAAAUUACACACUAAAUACAAAUUACAAGCACUUUUGUGCGCACACAAAUACACUUACACCAAUAGGCAAACAUUAAGGUUGAAGAAUAUGGAAUGUUUUUAAUAUUUGUUCUGCUUUCGGCUUUUUAAAUGUCAUUGAAAAUAUUUAAUGAAUAAUGUAUGUAUUUGAUAAUGUUUGCAGCAGUGUGAUAUGAAAAACUUUAAUUUUUUUAAUUCUUUCGGUGCCAUUUGUGUGCAAUUAUAUACAUAUGUAUGUACAUAUAUAAAUUAAAAUAAAUUUCGUUUUGCAUAUAUUUCUGUAAUGAUAGUUUAAAUAAUAUUGCCAAUAAAUCAUAUUAUGUACACGAAAGAGUUAAUUUUUGCUUAUUUUAGCAUUUUUAAAGUCACCUAAAAUGACUGCAUAUUUUAAAUUGACUCAAAAUGAAAGAUGGAAACGAUUUUCCAAAGUAAUAAAACCUUUUGAAUUGCCUUUAAUAGCUUUUUUAUUAUUUUAUUAUAUUUUUUUAUUAUAUUUUUUUUUAUUAUUUGUUUUCGAGUCACACGUUAAGACUUCAGUUGUUAUUUUGCUUCUUAAUAAAUGUAAGGUUAUUAAAAAAAUUGUAAUUUAGAUUUUCUGCUUGACAACUACAACAAUUCAUAGCCUACAGCUAACCUUUUUUAGGACAUAGUUUUUGUAGUUGUCAUACAAAAAUGCUAAAAAUGAAAUAUUUGAAAUUUUUUUUAUAAUUGAAAUGAACACAUUUUGAUGAGAUUCAACGUCUUUGCUUUCAAUUAAGUUUUAUAUUUAAUUAUAAUUUGUUUUCAAGAAUAUGUUAUCAUAAUAUUUUCUCUUUUUUUUAAAUACUAAUAUUUUUGUUAUUUUUAUUUGCUGCAACUCGUUUUGUAUAACUCUAUAUUUGUAUUGUAUUUAAAAAAAAAAAAAAACACAUUUUGUUGCUUUUUAAACAACGCUUGUUUGAGCAUUUUCAGUGAUAUAUGAAUAUUUCCCCAUUUGAAAGGGGAAAAGUAAAUUAAUAUAUAUAAUAUGUAAAGUCUUAACCUGCACUUUUGUUAUGCGCUUUUUAUC